AUGGUGCGACAAACCCCCCCUCCACAAAAUGGCUUCAAUGCCUUCGCCCGUAAAGUCUACAGCCCCUUGGGUUUCUCCAAAGCCUACAACUUCAUCCUAUGGUUCAUCUUCGCUGGUGGACUCUUUGGCUUCACCCUAGCACGCUUCAUGUACCUCAACUUUGGUGGCGUCUUCUGUCCCUCGGGCGGCUCCAACAGCAUGAUCGGCGCCGCCCCUGGAGAAUGCUACUGGUACCGCACCUUCAACUGGUACAAGACAGGCAUCAUAUUGCACCUCGCUGGGAUUCUUCCCGCCUGCAUCUUGGUCAUCCUCCAAUUCACACCUGCCAUACGCCACAAGGCUAUUAUCAUCCACCGCGUUAGCGGCUGGCUCGCGAUGCUACUAUGGAUCGUGUCUACUGUUGGAGCGUUGAUGAUCGCCAGACGCGCAUUCAACGGCGGCAUUGACACUCAGGCGUGGAUUGGACUCGUCGGGUUCGGCUCCACCAUCUGCUUCAUGUUAUCAAUCUGGAAUAUCAAGAAGUUGCAGAUUGAGCAGCACAGGGCAUGGAUGCUGAGAGGCUGGUUCUACGCCGCGUCGAUCAUCACGAACCGCAUAAUCCUCAUCAUCGCGACGAGCAUCAUCUCUGCUGUAGGGUCGUAUUACACUGUAUGGCCGUGCGCAAAGAUCGCUUACACCAUGCGCUCGGACGAGGCGACACUGGAGGCGUACCCAGAGUGCGCAUCGUACGUGAAUGGGUCGGACCCCCUCCAGCAAGCGGUCGUUCACGCACGGUUUGGUGGUCGGGCCACAGAGAUCGGCGCGGCUCUUAAUAUGUGCUUCGGGAUGGCCCUAUGGUUAGCUUUGGCUAUGCACGCUAUCGGCGUUGAGGUCUAUCUGCACCUCACACCGAAGGAGGCCGAACGCCUAAGGAACGUCAGCUAUCAACGCCAGCUCGAGGCCGGCAUGAGAAAUCCGGGCUCGGCCGGUUUGACUGCAGACAAGCUGGGUGACUCCGUGACUUGGAUUCCACAGGCUCGGAAGGACAGCAUCGGAAGUGGAAACACACUAACUGCCGAUGCACAUAAUAAUGCACCCAAGUCCGAGCUACCGAUGUCUGAUUGA